AAAGAUUUUACCCUUACUGCUUCUUUCUCUGCUUUCCGUCUUCUUUCCCUUAUUUCUGUCUUCACCUUUUGUAUACCUGACUAUCGGUUAUGACAGGUGUAUCACUUGCUUUUGGAAUAGAUGAUGUCUAUUCUGGGACAGGCAGUUGUUCCUAUUGUACAGCUGGUGUGACGUCAAUUCCUGAACACUUUCAGGCAAAGCAUUUAAAGCAUGCCAUAUAUUUUGAGGAUAAUGGCAAUCAAAAAUAUUGCAUUCCUUGCUUUUGUUUGAAAUCCCAACAAAGGAAGAGAUGCCAUUGGCAUUGCCCUAAGUGCCAGCACAUCUUGUGUCAUGCCCUUGACUUAAAAAAGCACCUCCAUAAUCAUGAUUUUGCAGUUAUGGACAAAGUUCCCAACAAACCGGAGGAAGGGCCAACUGAAAACCCAAAGGCAAGGCAGCAUGUCGGGCAGGAGCAACCACCUGUCAUUUGUAUUGACGAGAGAAAUGGGGUUUUUGUCACCCCAAAAGAUGUCCAUGGACCUAGAGUCCCUAUUCAUUAUGCACUGUAUGUGGCGCUUAACUGGGAGUUUGACUUCACCCAGCAUGAUAUGGCCCAUAUCUGGAGGUGGUGGGUCAAUCUGAUCUUUUUCAAAAUGACACAUGCAAGAAAGAAGCGGUGCACAUCAGCCAUGUCAGAAGCAUUCAAGGAGGAGACAAAACAGCAGGAGAAGGUGCAGAACAUAGGAAUCUUGAUGUUGCCAGAUGCUGUCCUGUUGGAAAUUCUUCUUCAUGUGGUCCUGGAGGAGGGUGAUGCUGCAUUGUUAAAUCUGUCUUUGGUUUGUUCCAAAUUCAGAAGUCUUGUGGAUACAGACUCAUUUCGAAAGAGGGCACACUUCUUCUGGCUUGACAGUGUAACAAAUUGGAGAACGAAGUCUGAGCCAUGCCAGGAAUUUUUCAAAAUGUACACACUGCAGCCCUGCUGACACUGCAAUGAGGUUUACAAAAACUGCUUACCAGGCUAUGUUGGAAGAGGAAAACGAGGAGAGAUGCAAGGCUUUUACUCAGAAAACACCCAAAAACGUUGGGUUAUUUACUGUACCCAAUAUCUGGGUUAAACAUAUUGAGUCGCUUUGUUGGGUUAUUCCUGUGUUUAUUGGGUUAUUUCAACAACAACGCAACCAGUUGUGUUAAAAUUUAAAUUCCAACGGUCGAUUGGUGCAGCUGCGACAGAUGAUACAGUGGUAAAUUAAUAUGUGUGCGUAAUGUUUUUCGUUACAAAGUGUCUUCAUGCCCUGACACAAUAAUAUUUCUGUUUUUCCUACGAGUAUGUUUACUCCCCUGUCGACUGAAACUUUUUUUCUGCACUCUUGACUAACGACACGAGCGCUUGUAGCAGAUCGAUUUCAAACGUAUAAAAACCGGUUUCCUUACUUUUUCUGUUAGUCUCGACAAUUUUGGGGGAUUUUUUUUUACAUACAUUUCAGAUAUUAGGCAGAAUUAAGCGCUCACCUUGAAGACCAGCGGAGCCUCUUUCGUGGUGUCGCGUCCACUCUGAGUGAAGAGGGCGCUGCGAGCUACACUGAUUACACGCGCCGCUUCUUCAGCCACGAAGAACUGAACGUGGAAGAGAAGGGUGCAUUGUUAUCAUCAAUUAUCAAAAGAUACCGUUAUCGGUUUCAAGAUUACUCUGGACUAAGGUAUAUUAUAUCCACAUGUCAGGGAUAGAUAGACUUUGAGCUCUAAAGGGCAUGGAGAGAUGAAGAGAGCCUUGGUUGGAUCUUCCGAAUAUUUCUUCUGUUGGUCUUGGAGAUUGCAUUAAAGUUGCAGUAAAACCCUGCCAGAUAUCCUCCUUCAUUGCCAUACAAAGUGGGUUGGAACAAAUUUCAUUCUGUAUUUGGAGGAGGAGGAGCAACCAAGACAAUUCCCUCAUAAUCAAGCCUUCAUUAUUGUGGGAGAAAUGGCACUGAAGCAAGGCCGUCUUUUUUACAAGCAGUUGAUACAUGCUUUAAAUUAUUUUACAUUUUGAACAUUGAGUAUCCCAAACCUGUUGCAGCUGUAAUUGCAUUGUCUGUACUAGCUUUGUUCUGUUUGUUUGUUUGUGAAUUUAUAUUUAUCUUGUAAACUGAAACAAUUGCAUAUAACCUAAUGUGAUAAGGAAAUAAUUAAUAACACAAUUUCAAC